AUGCCUUCCUUUCGAGAUUUCUUUAAGUCCAAACCCCGUUCGAAAUCCGCACCACCUGCUUCUCGUCAUGCCUGGUCUCGGCUACGUCGCUCGCAAGCUGCAGAGGUUCCCUUAACCCAUGGGCCUCAACCCACUCCUGAAGAUGAAGACGCCCACAGCAUGCAGGGUGGACAAGAUGGUGCAGGAGACUCGGAAACCCUUCACGGGACUGAUGAGCAGGGCAAUGAUGACGAUGGGUCUCCACUGGAAAGACAAGUUUCCACAACACCACAAAGAUCUCACCAAAGUCACGCGGGCAGCGACCAAUCUCAAUCCCAAAAUGGAUCACAGAGAGAGUCGCAGAGAGAAUCGCAGGGAGGGUCUAAGCGGUUUAAAGGCUUUAUGGCUCGUUUUCGUUUGAGUCGAACUCAAGACCGAAGCUCUGCAUCGGAAGUAUUACAGCCUUCCAUUCCCAUCCCCCAAGAUGGUGCCCAGGAUUCAGUGACAACAGACCCUGUCAAAAGAGCUUCUUCGCCCCAGCAACCAUUGGCUGGUGAACAGGAGGCCGAGACGCAUGAACAGAAUCGAAACGUGAGUGCGCAGACGGCACAGUCCCAAGAUUCCAAUAUCACUGUUUGUCGGCAUCCAUCCCAGCGGGUUCCCAUGGCAGUUCAUGAGUUGCAAGAAGAUGUAUUUUGGUCCAGCUUGUUGAAUUUUGAGAAGGAUCCUUCUCCAACACCCAUUACUUCAUCACCCACUGCUCCAUCGCCUCCUGUGGAACCAUCGCAUCCUGUAGGACCAUCGCAUCCUGUGGAACCAUCAGACCCUUUCUCGGAUGGGAAGAACAUUGAGCCCCAGCAUCACCAGGCCAUGCCGUCGUCCAAUUAUAGUGGCGAUCACAGCCAGAGACAAUCAGAGGCCUCGGCUCACAGUAAAGUGCAAGGCGAGCCAUUGUCCAAAUCCGUCAAAUCCCGCAGUAUUCACAUUGCUUCUGAUAGUGGCAUUAGUACAACACGAGCCAGCUCUGCGAGCAGCCAUGGCAGUCGAGCCAGCAGACUUAGUCGAGUGGACCCAUCAAAGGCAGCCGCAGCAUUCGAUGCGCUCGCUACCAAGAUGGGCAUCUCCCUUUCACUCAGGGAAGAUGAGACCCCUGUUACAGUGGUCCAGCCUGCUGAGGAUGAGAGUGAUAAUCAAGCUCGCCGUCGACAUCGAUUUGGACGUGUGCGCCCAACUCAAUCUCAUUCUACACUUGCACCGACACAUUCGCCUGCUAAACUCCGACGAACCAAGACAUUUGCAAGUCUCGCCCAUCGAUCCAGCCCAAUGAGCUCGCUGCGAGGGAGAUCUAUCGAAGAUAUUGCCCGUCUUGGUGGACAUAGUUUCCUGAUCCUCCCGUACUAUUUGGCACCUGUGGCCCUGCAGCUGCCCGCAUGUAUCGUGGCGAUGGUGAUGUAUCUGCGAAAAGGGUUUUCGGGUGCGCCUCCUUACCCACAUGUAUUUGAAGACCCCGGUGAUAUUAGAGCAGCUACUCGGUUAUACAAUCAUUUUGCCAGUCAGGUGUUGCUCCCAGAACGUGAUGCGCAUCGGAUCGCGAUGACCAUGCGGGUGGUUGCUAUGCCUCCCCUUGACACCGAAUCAAACUCGGCAGCCAUCCUUAGCGUGGGCUGGGUGUUCAUGCAAAUUCUAGGUGGACUUCCAAAUGGGAUUCUCGGGUCAGUCCGCUUGUUUCGGGUGUUACAUGUCAUAUCUUUGAGAGGGCCGAACCCAGAUUCAAAUCACAUCCGCCUGAUCACACUGGCCAUAAUGGGAUUGACCAGUGAGAUGCAAUGUUCUUUGAUCUGUGGAGUCUUGGGCUUUUUCUAUCUUCUUCUGCAGAGAACCGAGAGUGCGCAGGAGUCAACCAACCAGAACUCCGGGAAUCCGGUCCGGCCGGUGGCAAACUGCAUGCCUCUUCAGCUUGGGAGAUUGGCACGGGUAUUUGCGCCGCUCUUGAUCGGCAGACGGGCGGUUAAAAGGUCGGUGGAGGAAGAAAUUGAGGAAGAGCGUGUGAUGGAGUUUUUAUUGGCUCACUGGCCUAAGAUUUGUCGUCAGCUGUGGGAUUGGACUGCAUCUUCUAGAAACAAGAGGGAGCAGGAUGAGUGUUAG